UCAGAUUUCCACUGUCUAUUGGUGACCUUCGGUAUGUGCAUACAACUGUAAAAAAAUCGCAAUAUGUACCAUAUCUCUAAAUUAAUAUACCUGUGGUCAGAAAAUCCUAGGAACUUUAUUCCGUACACUGUUUCCAGAGGAAUAUUUUAAAGACGGACGAUUCCAGCCAGCGUGUAAUUUUUUUCUUUUGUCACCGUUCUCAGUUAAGUUUUUGAACGUUUAGCGUCAAUGAUGCGGCGUAUUAAGUAAGGUCAAAUUAUAUAACGUUAACGUUAGUAUGUUAGGUGGCUUGUAACACGUGUCGUCCUAAAACCAUCACGCUCGUGCGCGUUUUAUUUGUCGUACCGUUAGGAGUAACGUGUAACUGAACUCACGAAAUGCUCUAAAUCAGACAUAACGAGGAUGAAUUAGGUUUAUAGAUUGAGAUAGAGUGAUUGCCCUUGCGCCUACUAUGCAAGAGAACCUUAAACAGACAACUAGGAAGAAUGCGGUUUAAAGUUUUAGAUCAUUCAUGAUGGAAAGAGAUAUUAUGCACUAUUGCAAACGAGAAAUUAGAUUUUAACAUGUAGACGUCAUAAGGCUGUAUCAGUGUAUCAUAUUGCGAUCUGCUUGUCUACUUCAUGCGUGGUACAGUGUUGCACUGACUGACACAAAGAUGAUGUAUUCUUCACGAAGAAAACCUGUGCUGUAUUUCAAAGAUGAUAGAAGAAGCUGUUUCAUGUGUUUCAAAAUUUCAAGAAGUGAAAGUCAAAGGAUGCAGCGCCAUGAAGAGGUUCAUUUUCUGUCGAGGAAAUGCACCGUCUGGAAGCUCUUCGGGUUCUGCAUGGUGUUUGUUUUGGGGUCCCUUCUUUGGGUGCAGCUGACUUGUUCUGGAGACAUGAACCAGACUGUUGGAUACAGCCACCUCCCUCAUCAGCCCUGUCCCAUAGAGAGACAGUCAUCUUCUGCUGAUGACCCCUCCUGGGGCCCUCACAAAAUGGCCCUCAUCGUGCCAUUCAGAGAGCGCUUUGAAGAGCUGCUAAUAUUCGUCCCUUACAUGCAUGCUUUCCUCAACAAAAAGAAAAUACGGCAUAACAUAUUUAUUAUAAACCAAGUGGAUCGCUUUCGGUUCAAUCGUGCCUCUCUUAUUAAUGUUGGCUAUAUGGAAAGUGGUAAUGACACGGACUACAUUGCAAUGCAUGAUGUGGACUUGUUGCCCCAAAAUGAGGAUCUGGAUUAUGGAUUCCCAGAGGAGGGGCCCUUCCAUGUGGCCUCACCAGAGCUCCAUCCGUUAUAUCAUUAUAAGACGUAUGUGGGAGGGAUCCUGCUGCUUACCAAGAAACAUUAUCAAAUGUGCAAUGGGAUGUCAAAUCGCUUUUGGGGAUGGGGAAGAGAAGAUGAUGAGUUUUUCAGAAGACUAAAAACGGCUAAACUCGAGCUUUUUAGGCCAACGGGUAUUACUACAGGAACUAAAACAUUUAGACACAUCCAUGAUCCAGCCUGGAGGAAGAGAGACCAGAAGCGGAUCGCUGCACAAAAGCAGGAGCAGUUUAAGGUGGACCCCGAGGGUGGCCUCACCAACCUCCGCUACAAGGUGGAGUCCAGAAAGGAAGUGACCAUCAGUGGAGCUCCAUGCACCGUCAUCAGCGUCGUCCUAGAGUGUGACCUCAGCCAGACCCCAUGGUGCCAGUCCAGCUAAAGUGCUUGAGCAGGACCUGUAAAUCCAGAGUGAUGCGCAUUCUGGUGGCAGGAAAGCUUUCACAGAUUAUUAGUGCCAGUCACUAUGUGAUCGCCGAACCAAAAGGACUUGAAUAUGUAACGGUGGGGAAAGAACUUUUCUCUGAGGAUUUAUUUUUAUUGAACAGUGUUGUUGACUUCAUCCAUGAUGAAGUGCUGCCUCGUUUUUUAAUUGAUCUUUGGACCAAUGUCAGGUACUACACUGAGUUUGCAUCAUCAACUUUGCAAAUACGAGCAUCCAAAUGUCCGUUUUUUUUUUUUUAACGAGUUUAUAAUAUUUUAGUUGUAGCGGUGGACUGUUUUGGACUGUUUCUCUUAGUGCAAUUGUGAGUAUUUGCUCAGCCCUGUCUUGACAAAAUUGUUACUUUUUUGCUUGAAUUCAAAAUCAUGUCUUGAGAAGGACAAUAUUAUAUAUACAUGAAAUGGGUUUAAGGGUACUUUGAUUGUAUUUGCACAAUAUUCAGUAUUUAUAUAUAAAAACAAAUGUUUCCUAAUUUCGAGUCUUUUUACCUUUGCCCCAUGUUUCAGGACGCAUGGGAUGCUGUUACAACGUACACUCACAGGAUUAUGUAGAGACGUAAUGACCUGGAGGCAUGAAGCUAUAUUCCCCCCCGAAAAAAACAGCUUUUGGUGCAAAUGUUAAUACAAUUCAGACACCACAUACUUGUUUUCAUUAGCGAUGCCUGAACAUAAACUGUGACCUGAGUACUCUGUCCAGACUAAAAUGCAUUAUUGUGCCUGUGGCAACAAACUGCUACACAACUGACAGAACAUGUGUGCCAAAAAAAUAAAGAAAAUAUGACUCAACAAUUACUUUGUCUUU